UCUUUCCAAACAGGUGAAAACCUAUUUUUUUUGGGAGCUUGCUACCUUCAGGAAGUCUCCUAACCAAUAAGGUGACUUGGCCUGUCAAGGAAGCCUUGAUAGGCACAUCUUGUUUUUUUCUGGGUUCGAUGGCUAGCCCCUCUGGAUCCCUGGGAGCUGUGAAAACAGAGAUAUUAGAGCAAAUGAGGAAAAAAUUUAGCCAAGGCUUGAAAAAGUGUGCAUCGACAGAAAAGGAGGGAGACCUUGAUGGCGAUCGAGACUCAGGACACAGAUCGAGUGAGAGAGAUGCCACAUCACGCAAUUCCACCAGUGGAAUGAAGUCAGGGAAGAGAAGGAGCAAGCCCUACAAGGGUCUCACUUAUGACUUCCACCCAAGAAAGAAAUCGAGACGCUCAACAAAAGAUUCUCAUUCUCGGGGCUCAGGAGGGUCCUCUCCGGCCGUGCUGCAUGUCCAGGGUGAUGCCACACCAGUACUGGAUGAUGAAUCUAAUACACCAGGACAGGAUGAUGAAGCUACCUCUGUCAGUGCCAAUGGUUCAGAGGAUCCACGCGAUUUACAGCAAGAAGCUACUAUGGACCAUGAAAUGCUGGAAGUGCAAACUCAGUCAAGUGAUAGUGAGGACCAUGAUGUCACGAAUGAAGUGGACCUGCACCCAGAAGCAAUUGGGAUUGAAGAAGGAGAUCUUCAAGAAGAGAUGGGAGAGAGUGUAGAAGUUCUGGAGGAACCCCCAGAAGAUGGACUUGAGGAUGAAAAAGGUGAUGAACAUGAAGAUUUGGAGGGAGUAGUUGAAGACCUGGAAGGAGAGGAAACAAAAAAUGACCUAGAAGAGGAAGAUGAAGAAGAUGAUGUCUCUGAAAAGUCAGUAGAAGAUGAGGAAGAAGUAGAUGAAGAAAAUGAGGAGGAAGAAUAUGGAGAAAUUGAUGAAGAAUGUGAAGAUGCAGAUGAAUCUGUUGUUGGCCAAGUGGUGGAGAGUGAACACGGGAAUUCUGAGGUCAUCAGCAGACGAAUUAACAUUGGAAUGACCAGCCAAGCUUUACCCUUGUCAAAGAAGAGUGAUACAUUGCAGAUCUGGGGCAAGGACCAGAAGUGCUGCUGUGCAGGGAAGGAGCACCUGAUGGCCUACUCUGAGGAGAGCAAAUCUGGGCAGACCAUCUUCUGCAGUGCUAGGGAUUCCCUGGACGACAAGAUCGUUGGGUGUCGGAAUGUUGUGAAGAAUCCGGAGCUACUCAGACCUCAUUCUCGAAUUCCCUAUCUCACCUUCUGUGAAGUGCAUCGCCGAAGAUUACAUCUGCAUCAGUGCUGUCCGUCGUGUGGACUUUUUUGUACUCAGGGACACUUUUGGAAGUGUGAAAAGGAAAAUGGUACUGGAAAGGAAAUGCACUUUUUUCACAAAGAAUGUGGAGGAACCAUAGAGAGGAAGGACCAAGAGGAGCCCUUUUAUUGUCUUCACUGUGGGGAGACAGAGACCGUGAAGGGCGUGCGUCUGGAGCUACGCACUUUGCGAAAUCUGGUUUUCUAUCCACAGCAAGCUCCUCCUAAAAUUAGGAACUGGGGACCUAUGACAUUUGUGAAGGGAGAGAAGAAAGAGGGUCAUCCCAAAGAUCUUCCCUCUUGGCCUGUCAUUCCGGUGAACGAGCAUGGAGUGGCAUACUCCAUUCCAGAGCAGGGGAUUAAGAUUUCUCUGGAUAACAUUCCUUGGGGACCUGAUGACCCUUCUGCAGCUGAAGACCUGAAAAAGCUGAUUGAGGCACUUAAAACUCAGUCAUACAAAGAAAUGAAGUUGGAGUCACCUGACCUGUACCAAUUCGCAUCUGAUGGAGAGAAUGAGAAGCUUCUUUAUUGCAUAUUUGCCCUCUUGCACCAGGCAGGGGCAUUGCUGGAUGCAAGGGAUGAACACAUGCAGACUCCCCUCAUGCUAGCAGCUGAUCUCAACCAUGCUUCUUGCAUCCGAUACCUUCUCUGCGCCGGUGCAUCGGUGUACUUGAGGGGAGAAGAUGGAAUGACUGCUCUGCAUCUGGCAGCACGUAGUGGACACCUUGAAGCAUGUUACCUGCUCCUGAAUCUUUGCUCAGAUCCACGGUCCCUAAUCAACAAUCAGGAUUAUGGAGGAUGGACUCCUCUGGUUUGGUCAGCCGAGAACAAGCAUCGUAAAGUCACCAGGUUCUUAUUGCAACAGGGAGCAGACCCUCAAAUAUGUGACAUGGAAGGGAACACUGCUCUUCAUUGGGCUGCCUACUCUGGUUCUACUGACAUUGCAUCCAUAUGUCUCCGGAUGGGUUGCUUCCCGAAUCUCCCCAACCUUCAUGGAGAUACACCUGUUCACAUAGCAGCCCGAAGAGACCACCCCGAUUGCGUCCUCCUGCUCCUCUUGAAAGACGCACGCUUGGAUGUCCGCAACAAGGACGGACAGUUGCCUCUAGAUUGUGCCUCUUACUUGCCUCCCACAUCUCAGACAUACCAGCUUCUCUAUCUCAAUCAAGAACUGAGAAAGCUGAGGAACAUGGGGCAAGGGAAUAAUAGGAGACUGGAGUACCGCAUCCUAUCUAAUGAUAUCAGUCGUGGUAAGGAACGCAUCCCGGUCCAGUGUGUGAACGAGGUCGACGAUGAGCCCCUGCCGAAGGAUUACAAGUACAUGACAGAGAAUCUGGAAACGCCUAGCAUCCAUGUGAAUCGCACCAUAUCAUCCAUCCAGAUCUUUUGCAGUUGCGAUGGGGACUGCAGCAGUGCCGAGUGUCAGUGUGCAGCAUUCUCUAUACGCUGUUGGUAUGAUGAUGAAGGACGUUUGCUGCCUGAUUUUAACUAUGCAGAUCCUCCCCUCCUGUUUGAGUGCAACCGAGCCUGUCAGUGUCAUGUGAAGCUGUGUAGAAAUCGAGUGUUCCAAAGGGGAAUCAUGAUUCAGAUGGAGCUGUACAAAACUGGAUCCAAGGGCUGGGGUGUGAAGACCCUGGAGGCCAUACCCAAGGGCACCUAUGUUUGCGAG